UGUACAUACCAAUAGUCGAGAUGGGAUACAGCAAGAAUAUAGCAAGCGUAACGGUCUUCUUUAUCAGCGCUUUCUUUCAUGAGUAUCUUGUUAGCGUACCGCUAAAGACUUUCAAGAUCUGGGCGUUCAUGGGUAUGAUGGGCCAGAUUCCUUUGUCCGUGCUGAGCAAAUACGUGGAGAGGCAAUGGGGUGCCAGAUGGGGUAACAUCGUCGUCUGGGCCAGUCUAAUUAUCGGACAACCUCUCUGUAUCAUGAUGUAUUACCACGAUUAUGUGGUCACCCAUUUCGGCGAGACUCUGCUCGAGGAUUACUCAGUCGUGUAGCGUGUUGUG